AUGGUAGUGUCCGUCAAGUACAAUCUAACAAAAGAUGUUGGCCUUCCUGACUGGUCUAGUGCCCGCGACAUAUGCAACAGGGUCUUCGCUAGCCCACUAGUUCCAACCUCCUUUGUCCUCGUUGGUGACAGCACCACAGCAAUCGGGUCCGGCUGGGGAAAUGGCUUCUACGGUGACAACACUACCUCGACGCCAUCUACUUUGGAACCAAAUACGCCUUGCAUCAAUACGGCGUGUGGUGGCGCAACGACUGGAAGUUUCGUUGCCGGUGGUUGGUGGAACAUCACCGUAAAUGCCAUUAAAGACGAAGUAGCGAAAGGACGGCACACUCUAGUCACCAUCCAAUUCGGACAUAAUGAUGCAGGAGUCGGGCCUCCCGAGUCCAUGGGUGCUAAUCUGACCAGUAUGGUCAAAGAAGUUCGAACAUUAGGUGCCGAGCCAAUUUUGGUCACAAGCUUGAUCGUCAGAAACUUCAAUGCCGACGGAACCAUCAAUGAUAGUUUACAGCCUGCUUCGAAGGAGUACUGUGAAAAGAUUGGUCCGACUGCAGCUCAUCGAUUAAACCCGACUGCGGCUGACACUGUUCACCUGAACCAGGGUGGAAAGAUAGUCUUCGGAAGGAUGGUCGCGGAUCUUAUGACAAGGAACUCCUUCCUCCCCAAUCUUCCUAUAAUUGCCAAUCCUGGGCUGGCUUACAACAACACUCAUGGAAUAGCAUUCUACUGA